AUGGCCGACCCUCCAUCGGGAGGAAUCGUCGUGGCGGAGGAAGCCGUCCCGGAGCAUGUGGCGCCGACUGCCAGCCCCCCGUCGACCGACGGUCCUGCUUCGGCCGUCGACCCAGCGCCGAUCAUGGUCGAUACACCGGGUAGUCUUAGGAAAUUGAACGGGAAACAUCUGGGAGACCAGGAACACCAGUUCACCUCCAUAGCAACCUUUGCCAAUGCUGUUGAUGCCUCUGUAGUCCUCUCAGAUUCCACUGUUGGUCCGCGAUCUCCCAAAGUUGCUUAAGUAGAUUGCACAUCUCUGUUGCUGAAUGGACCUAACAAGAAGAAUGUUAUCUCAUUUCCUGGAAUACAAAAGUAUGCCUACAGGGAUCUGCAGAAAGCAACCAACAAUUUUAUGACAGUUAUAGGUCAGGGGGCAUUUGGUCCUUCUAAGGCUCGCAUGUCUACUGGGGAGACAGUUGCUGUUAAAGUGCUUUCUGCCAAUUCUAAGCAAGGGGAGAAGGAGUUUCAUACUGAGGUUAUGCUACUUGGUAGAUUGCAUCAUAGAAACCUUAUAAAUUUGCUGGGGUACUGUGCAGAUGAAGGCCAGCAUAUGCUAAUGUAUGUCUACAUGAGUAAUGGCAGUGUUGCUUCUCACUUAUAUGGUGAGAAACAUGGACCAUUGAGCUGGAACUUGAGGGUUAAUAUAGCUCUAGAUGUUGCAAGAGGCUUGGAGUAUCUUCAUGACUGUGCUGUUCCAUCUGUAGUGCAUUGUGACAUCAAGUCUUCUAAUGUACUAUUGGAUCAGUUCAUGCGAGCUAGAGUACGUAAAUAUUUCAUUGUUUCUGAUACCUAAUACUGGUAUAAGGAAAUCAGGGAUAUAUGUGAAGGCACUGAGUCUACUUAGAAUUAUGGAUCCAUUUCUGACACAUAACCUCCAGGUUUAUUUUGUCAUUAACUUUUGGCUAUAGCAUUUGGUGGUAGGACCAUAGAUUUUAUUUUAAUUGAGAUCAACUCUUGGCAUGCUGCUUGCUUCUGGGUUUUUAAGCUUUUGCUUUCUAUUCCAUUUUCCCAAUCAGCUUACUACGUGGUACUUGUGAAGAAGAUAAAUGCUGAAACUUUGGUUAGCUAUCUGUUAUAGCUUACUUUGACAUGGACGAUGAUUUUGCUAAUGCAAUUAAAUGGACUGAGAAGCAAACUUAUCAUGAUAGGAGCAAAUGACAUGGCUUGACAUGAGAUCAUCUAUCUUUCUGAUGUUUGUAGAACUGCUACAAGAGUGGAUGGACUGCCUGAUUAGGAUGGAAGGGGCAAAGCUGUCUGGAUGCGUGGCAUUGUCUGCUGAGAAAGGACUUGUCUUGCACAACAAAUUAGCUGGCAGGGUCAUCCAAUCAGUCAUUUGGUUGGAAAGAGACAAGCUUAUACUGUAGUUAUUUUUGUAGAUGACUUAUGAUGUCUUAGAAUUUAGUGAUUAGAAGAACUCAAAAUUGUAUUAUUUCUUUGAUCUCUUCUUCUUGCUGGAAAAUUUCUCUGAUUUCUUCCAUCAUGUUUCCUUAACUAUAACGUCCCUUCUCAACUAUUUUUUACAGUAUAAAAAACUGAUGGUCCAGGAUGCUGUUCCUGUAUAGAAUGCACAUUCAAGCAUGCCAUGUGUUUAAGAAUCCAGCAAUAGGCAUCAGUAUCUUGUCUUUUUUUAUUUUGCUUAAAUUAUAAAACUUAUCCGUCUAAGUAAUUUGCCUCUUCGUGCAGGUUGUGGAUUGUGGGCUAUCUAGAGAAGCAGUGUUUAGCUGUCACAUAUCUAAUGUCAGGGGAACUUUUGGCUAUCUUGAUCCUGAUUAUGUAUCAUCAAGGACUUUCACCAAGAAAAGUGAUGUCUACAGCUUCGGUGUCCUGCUUUUUGAAAUGAUUGCAGGUAGGAAGCCACAACUGGGCCUUAUGGAGUAUGUCGAGCUUGUAAGAUCUCUGUUUUCCAGAAUUCUAGUGCUUUAUAUAUUUCCCAACAAUUGAUGUAUUGGAACCAUCAAGCUGUCAUUGGAUAUGGAUGUGCUAAUAUUACUACAGUCCUAAACACUUUCUUCCCUGUUCUAAUUCAUUCUUAUAUAGGGUUUCAUAACUUGCCGGUCUUGAGAAUA